AUGGGGAGGAGAAGAGUGACCUUGGAUUGGGCCAACCAGAGAGUGAGGAGAGCCAAUAUUAAGACAAGGCUUGCCGGACUCAUCAAGAAAACGAAUGAGCUCUCAAUUCUUUGCGACGUGAGAGCUUGUCUCGUGGUGCUUGAUCGUGAAGUAGAUCAGGAUGUGGUAUGGCCAUCUACCCAAGAGGCAAAUUUGCUCAUGGAUAAGUACUACUCUUUGACGGAGCAUCAAAGGAACAAGAAGGCCAUUGAUCCGGAGUCAUUCAUGCAAACCAAUAUCGAAAAGAUUGAGAAGAAAAUAGCCAAUACUCGGAAGGCUAUCGAAGAGUUGGAGAUGGAUCAUCUCAUGUGCGAACUCAACAAUGGUCAUCAACUUGCUGAUCUUUCCCAAACCGAGACUGAUAAAUUACUAUCAUAUACUGCUAGAAAAAUUAUGUCGUUCAGGAAUGAGAUCAUGGAUCUUGAUCCUAUGUGUAUCGAAGAGGCAUCUCCUAGAGAUGCGACUCUAAGGGCUUCUAAUGUUCCAUCUGCUGUGUGGGCCGGGAAUGGUUAUGACGUGAUGAAAACUGCAACUGUUUCUUAUUUUGAUGAUUGGGGGGUUUCUCGUGAGCUUGAGAGGGACCUAAACAUGGAACCAUCUAACAUUGGUGAAGAAGACUUGAAAGGGACCUCUAAAGGAGAGAGCAGCAAGGGUGCUGAUAUAUCUUUUGUUAGUGGGCCCAAUUAA